GUGAACCGUACUUUGGUCACCUGUUUUCUUCAGCUCCUCCAAGAUGGUCGUCCAGUUCAAGGUGUUCAAGAAGGAAUCUCCCAAUGGUAAGCUGACCAUCUACCUCGGCCGCCGGGACUUCGUGGAUCAUGUGACUGCCGUCGAUCCCGUUGAUGGCGUAUUGCUGGUGGAUCCCUCGUACCUCCAGGGACGCAAGGUGUUCGGACAGCUGGUGUGCAGCUUCAGGUAUGGUCGCGAGGAGGACGAGGUCAUGGGACUGAACUUCCAGAAGGAUCUGUUCCUUGCCUCCGAGCAGAUUUAUCCUCCCAAGGACGUCCAGCCUACUAGGCUGCAGGAACGACUCAUGAAGAAGCUCGGAGCUAACGCAUAUCCUUUCACCUUCAAGAUGCCCGAUCAGGCCCCGCCCUCCGUCACCAUCCAGCCCGGCGCCGAGGACGAAGGAAAACCUUGUGGCGUUGAGUACUACAUCAAGGUCUUCGCUGGGGAGAAUCAGGAAGAUCGAAGCCAUAGGAGAUCCACUGCCCAGCUAAACAUCCGAAGGAUUCAGUUCGCUCCUAGCCAGACCGGCCGCCAGCCUUGCACCGUCGUCAGGAAGGACUUCAUGCUGAGUCCCGGAGAGCUGGAGAUGGAAGUGUCGCUCGACAAGCAGCUCUAUUAUCAUGGCGAUCAAAUUUCUGUCAAUAUCACCAUUAAGAACAACAGCAACAAAACUGUCAAGAAAAUCAAGGCCGCUGUCCAGCAGUCUGUUGAUGUUUGCCUGUUAUCGGGCGGUCAGCACAAGAGCACUGUGGCCAGCGUGGAGACCCAAGAGGGCUGCCCUGUAUCCCCUGGCUCUGGCCUGCAAAAGUGCAUGUAUCUCACCCCAGUUCUUAGCAGCAACAUGGACCGCCGAGGCAUCGCCCUGGACGGACACCUGAAGAACAUUCACACCAACCUGGCGUCUAGCACUCUGCUGGCGAACCCCGAGAACCGAGACAUGUUCGGAAUGAUAAUCUCCUACACCGUGAAGGUGAAGCUGUACCUCGGUGCCAUGGGCGGGGAGGUCACUGCCGAACUGCCCCUCGUCCUUAUGCAUCCCAAGCCCGACCUCCGCCGCAUGAUGCGCGCCGACAGCCAGGCGCAGGUGGAGGCCUUCCGCUCCGACAGCAUGGGCGCCUCCGUCGACAUGGACUAAGAUCUAGUCUUCAGCUUCGAUGACGUCUUCAUGCUGAUUUCGAACUUCAGGUGGAAUGUGUCAACAACUUCUCUUUCCUCGAGAUAUCAAUUUUUAGGUAUCGUUCACCUUAAAAUAAUGAACAUCACUGAACAGGAAGAACUCAACGAUAGAUCAAGUCAUCGACUGAAAACCUGAAUUUUAUUUUCGGAAAUAGUUUAACUUUUACUUUGUGUGCGUAUUUCCUCGGUGUAAAGUGAAGCCAUCCGGACUACUGUAAAGUUUUGAGAGAGGGAUUGUGGAAACGGAAUCCACAACUUUCUGGAAAAAAGGACCAUUGAUAUAAAAUGAGGGCCAAAAGGACCAUUGGUAUAAAGAAUCGCAUAAAAUCAGUAACCUGAAACUGAUUCCAAACAACCAGUGUUGUCACAGUAUGAUCAGUGCAAAGUGAUCCAUUAAUAUAACAUAUGGGUGAACUAUCCUUGUGUACAUUAUGAGGUAUUUUUUAUAAUUAUUUAUUAUUAUUAUUACUAAUAUCAUAAUG